GGGAGUUACCUGUAUAACCUAAUUUUAAACGCGCAUUACGACCGCUAGAGGGUACUUUCAUUUUAUGCUUUCGCUAUCAACAAUUAUCGUCUGCACUAUGGCCGAGUAUGUUCAGUUUUUUCUCCUUCUGAAUAACAUCAAAAUGAAUUUGGUUUAUUAUUAUAAUCAUCAUUACAGUUUGAUUCUGAAUUAAACUUCAAUUAUGAGUUUAAUAUCCUCUACCAGUGGUAAGACAUUUUCCAUUCUUGUGGGGGCUGCAGUGGUGGUAGUUACAGCAGUGAUUAUAAAAUAUAUGUUAGGAUGGAAACAUUCUUCUCCAAAAUUAUUAGAAGAUCCAGAUAAAAAGUAUUCUAUUAAACUUAUUGAAAAAGAGGAAAUCAGCCAUGACACAAGAAGAUUUCGAUUUGCUCUCCCAACAUCGGAACACAUUCUGGGUUUGCCAGUAGGUCAACACAUCUACAUAAGUGCUCGAGUAAAUGGACAACUAGUUGUUCGACCAUAUACUCCAGUGUCAAGUGAUGAUUGUAAAGGUUACAUGGAUUUAGUAAUUAAGGUAUAUUUCAAAAAUGUACAUCCUAAAUAUCCAGAAGGAGGGAAAAUGUCCCAAUAUCUCAACAAUAUGGAAAUUGGCGAUAGCAUAGAUAUCAGAGGUCCAAAUGGAAAUCUUAUUUAUAAUGGAGCAGGAGAAUUUUCAAUUCGACCAGAUAAGAAGUCUCCAUCUUCAAUUUAUAAAGUGAAGAAAGUGGGAAUGAUUGCUGGAGGAACAGGAAUUACACCAAUGCUGCAGAUUGUGCGUCAAGUAUUUAAAGAACCAGAAGAUCAAACAAUUCUUUAUUUGCUGUUUGCUAAUCAGACAGAAGGUGAUAUAUUGCUGAGAUCAGAGUUGGAAGAAUUAGCAGCCACUCACUCUGACCGUUUUAAACUUUGGUAUACUGUAGAUAGGCCAACAGAUGGAUGGAAGUACAGCAGUGGUUUCGUAAAUGCAGAUAUGAUUUCUCAACACUUACCGAAACCUGCAGACGACACACUGAUUUUGAUGUGUGGACCACCUCCAAUGAUCAAUUUUGCCUGUAUUCCAAAUCUGGAUAAACUAGGCUACAAUCCAAAACUUAGAUUUUCUUUUUAGAUGUUUUGAUAAAGUAGAUUUUCAUUUU